AUGUGCAAAGCGAAUGGAGUGAAAGUAAACGACUCGUUCGUGUUGGAAUUGAUAUGGGAAGAUGCAAAUCCUAUGUUUAGGUUCCACUCUAAGAUUGAAAGCCAGGGAAAAGGAAACCGGAGAACUCGUAAGAAGAGAGCUUGUGAGACUGAUCUACAGGCAAGGACUGUGAAAAAGACUCCAAGAGUUGAAAAAGAGGGACGCACUCGGGUUUCAAACAGACAGGAAUCUUGCUCAGUCUCUGAUCAAGUGACUAACGUAAAGCAGAGCAUUGUUGAUACUCUGAACACUGUAAGGGAGUUCCGCGCAGACCUCGAGACAAGGGAACGGGAUCUGGAAGCUUCGCUAGUGGAAAUUGACGUGGGAAAGGAUUUUGGGAAUCAGCCAAAUUCUCAACAAUAA